ACAAUGUCGUCUGCUGGAAGAAGCAGAUCCAUUUUUCUUCGUCGACGAACACGCAUUCUACACUUGGUUGAGCUCGCCGUCGGCCGCAGCCCACCGCUGUCAGCCCUGCGUGGUUGUUCUCCGGCAAGUAUUGAACAAGGUUCGAACUUCGAACCCAAGGGCUUUGUCUUCUCCCAAAAUCAGAUGGUGCGGCUAAAAUCAACUUCAUUUGGUGCUGGAUUGGUGUAGAGUGACCUAGCCAAGAUGGCAAUCGUUACUAAGAUAAAAUGGGUCAUUCUUUCUGUAAUCACUUUAUCUGUGGCAUCCAUCAUCAUUCAUCUCUCCUUAGCAAAAUUUUGGACUGUUAGCAUAUUGCAGUAUGGAGCAAUGACUGGUCUUCCUGAGGAUUUCGCUUCCAAAUUGGGCAGACAGGUUAUAAAGAAUAAGAAGCUAUGGGGUGCCAUAGAGUCUUUGGAAACUUUGCAGCCUUACGUCAACCCUAGAAGCAGCUAUUCUGGUCUGAAAGAGCAGAACAAUGGUUUCAUUUAUGCGAAAGUUUUUGGUGGGUUUGCACAAAUAAGAUCUUCGAUCUGUGAUCUGGUCGCAAUAUCCAGGCUUUUAAAUGCUACCCUUGUCAUCCCAGAAAUUCAGCAAAGUACUCAAUCAAAAGGCAUUAGCUCAAAGUUCAAGAGUUUUUCCUACAUCUAUAGUGAGGAGCAGUUCAUAACAUACCUGAAAAAUGAUAUAAUCAUUUUGAAGACUCUGCCCGACAAUUUAAAGGAGAGGAAAAGAAAUGAAGUUCCAACAUUCAAGCUCAAAAGUUCAACUUCUCCGAACUUCUACAUGGAAGAAGUUUUACCAAAGCUAAAGAAAUCAAAGGUUAUUGGCUUUAUAGUUUCUGCUGGUGGCUGUCUGCAAUCAAUUCUUCCACCUAGCUUGUCAGAGAUUCAGAGGCUAAGAUGCAGGGUUGCCUUCCACGCACUCCAAUUUCGGCCUGAAAUUAAAAUUGUUGGCCAACAAAUGGUUAACAAGUUAAGAGCAUUGGGGCAGCCCUUCUUAGUGUUCCAUCCUGGUUUACUGAGAGACAUCUUGGCCUAUCAUGGUUGUGCAGAACUCUUUCAGGAUGUCCACACUGAACUCAUCCAGCAUCGAAGGGCUCAGAUGAAGAAAGAGAGAAUCGUUAAUGAGGAAUUGAAUAUUGAUUCACACUUGCAAAGGGAUAAAGGUUUAUGUCCUCUUACGCCUGAAGAGGUUGGCAUUCUUCUUCGAGUAAUGGGCUAUCCUUCCAGAACAAUUGUUUACCAAGCUGGGUCAGAAACAUUUGGAGGUCAACGUGUUUUAAUUCCUCUACGAGCCAUGUUUGCCAACUUAGUGGACCGUACUUCCUUGUGCAGUGAGAAAGAUUUAUCUGACUUGGUUGGACCUGAAGCACCUCUUCCUCCGAAUGUUUUCCAACCACCUCCUGUAAAAAGUGCAGACAAACUUAAAGAAGAAUGGAAGAAGGCUGGUCCUCGGCCUCGGCCUCUUCCUCCUCCUCCGGAUAGACCUAUUUACCAACAUGAAAAAGAAGGCUGGUAUGGCUGGAUUACCGAGACUGCAACAGAGCCCAAUCCUGCGCCUUUGGAUCUAAGGAUGCAAGCUCACAGAUUAAUUUGGGAUGCGCUCGAUUACAUUAUUUCUUUAGAAGCAGAUGCUUUCUUUCCAGGAUUUAACAAUGAUGGCAGUGGAUGGCCAGAUUUUUCAAGCCUUGUCAUGGGACAUCGACUUUAUGAAUCUGCUUCCUCUAGAACAUACCGACCAGACAGGAAAAUUUUGGCGGAACUUUUCAACGUCACCCGUGACAAUAUCUACCAUCCCAGACAUAAUUGGACAGUUCUAGUACAACCACACCUAAACAACAGCCUGGGCGAAGAAGGCCUCAUAAGGCAAUCUCUCCGUUCAAAACCAGCAAUGUUUCUUUCACAUCCUCUUCCAGAAUGCUCUUGUAGACUAACUUCCUCAGCCACGCCUGUCAAAAGUAAGGAUGGUCGGUUCCUAUUUGGAGACGAAGAAGAGUGCCCUAAGUGGAUAAAGCAUGCUAGUCAAGCAGGUUCAGGUACAGAAGGGGUUACAGUGGAAGACAAUGCAUUGCCAGAUUAUGAGAGUAAUGAUUUUGUUGAAGAACCUGAAUCUGAUAAAAAUGGCAAAACCAAUCUCACUCUGAUCUGGGAGCAAGAUGAGGAAAUGGAUCCAAAUGACUAAAAGGGUGAGCAUAUCAGAACUUGUCUAGAGUCUGAACAGCAUUCAUUUUUCUGCCGUGUUUCAAUGAAAGAGGUAUAGGAUAACGUGCGUAGGCCAUAUAGGUGUCAAAAGUUUUAUCUUUGUCCUGAGUGAAAUGAUUAUUCAAAUUUAUCCUUUCAUUUCUUUUUCUAUUUAUUUCCCCCAUAGAUGUACAAAGAACAAAUACCCCCUUUUCUACACUUUUUCAUACGUAGCAAUUCCGACGGCAAUUUUGUUGUUACAUACACAGUUACGGAAAGAAACAAGAAAAGUUGAAAUUAGCUCGUGCCUUGGAGCUCCAUUGAAUUUGCUUUA